ACCGCAUUCCACCUUGGCAUAACGCUCCGAUACAGCAUCGCGGAAUGCGAGACACGCACGUGAAAGAGGGUCCCCGGUCCACUUUUUCCAAACCUUCUCCCUCCUCCGCGUUGCGGCCAGCAUCGGCUUUGCCAGCGUUUGUUUGUUAUUAGACUUCAGUAAUAGCACCUCACACUCUUGUUACAUUAUUGUCACGCGAAACAUGAAUCGAAGAUUUCCGUUCAGUGCGCUCGCCCUCUCGGAAUCAUGAAGUCAACCGUGGCAAGGACCCGCGUCCUGCGACCCACAACCAAUGCUGUCCGGGCGAAGCGAGGGAGAAGACUGCAAUCAACAGACGUCCAACAACAGCCACUGAAGUCCAUCCUUAUUGCCAAUCGAGGCGAGAUUGCACUGCGCGUGGGACGAACAGCCUCGCAAUAUGGCAUACGUACGACAACCUUAUACACAGAUCCAGAUCGCCUCAGUCAGCAUGCUCUAUCAUCUCCAUUUGCCAUCAAUUUAGGCUCCACCGACCAGUACCUGAAUGGCACUCGGAUCAUCGAGGUUGCGAAGCAAAACGGCUGCCACGCCAUACAUCCUGGAUAUGGCUUCCUAUCCGAGAAUGCUGCUUUUGCGAAAGCCUGUACGGACGCUGGCGUCAAGUUCAUUGGUCCGCCCUGGAAAGCAAUAGAAGCCAUGGGUGACAAGUCGCGGAGUAAGGAGAUCAUGACUGAAGCCGGCGUACCCUGUAUCCCUGGUUACCAUGGCUCAAAUCAAGAUCCGAAAUAUCUGGAGCAAGAGGCAGGGAAGAUCGGCUAUCCGGUAUUGCUUAAGGCUGUGAAGGGUGGCGGCGGCAAGGGCAUGCGUAUCGUGAUGCAGCCCGGGGAGUUCCACCAGCAGCUUGAUUCUGCUAAAAGCGAGGCCAGGAGUAGUUUUGGUGAUGACAUUAUGCUAGUCGAGAAGUACAUCACCACACCUCGACAUAUCGAAGUCCAGGUCUUUGCUGAUCAACACGGCAACUGCGUGGCACUUGGUGAGAGGGACUGUAGUAUACAGCGACGACAUCAGAAGAUCUUGGAGGAAAGCCCGGCACCGAACCUUGACGAGGCCAUCCGCCAAGACCUGUGGGAGAAGGCUAGGCAGGCUGCUCUGGCAGUUAGUUACGAAGGCGCAGGCACAGUGGAGUUCAUCUUCGAUAACGAUAGCGGCCAAUUCUUCUUCAUGGAAAUGAAUACGAGAUUACAGGUCGAACAUCCUGUGACAGAAAUGGUGACGGGCGAGGAUCUUGUCAGAUGGCAGAUCAUUAUUGCAGAAGGCGGCAAGCUACCUCUUACUCAAGCAGAGGUGGAAGAGCGCAUCAAGAGUCGUGGUCAUGCUAUCGAAGCACGAAUAUACGCCGAGGAUCCCAGCAUGAACUUCAUUCCUUCCACCGGCAAGCUCCUACACUUACGAACGCCGACUGAGACAGCGGAUGUACGAAUCGAUGCUGGAUUCGUGCAGGGUGACGAGGUUUCAUCACACUAUGACCCCAUGAUCGCCAAGCUCAUUGUGUCCGGACCAGACAGAACAGCAUGCUUACAGAAUAUGGUCGCUGCUCUCGAGCAAUACGAGGUAGCAGGGCCAAUCACAAACAUCGAAUUCGUCAAGAAAUGCUGUGAAAGUCCUGACUUCAUCGCCGGAAAUGUCGAGACAGGAUACAUCCCAAAACAUCACGACGAACUAUUUGCACCAACACCAAUCUCGAACGAAGUGUGGGCCCAAGCAGCAAUAGGUCUCUAUAAAGCCGAACGAAUCAAAAUUUCCAGUCCGCCGAUCCAGCCACUCCAAACAAUUGGCUUCGGCUACGCUCUACAACCUCGCGAAUUCCACCUUGUCCAGAGCAGUACCGAUCCUCAAAAGGCCCACGAACCAGUGCCAGUCCAGGUUUUGCAGGUCGCGCCUCAAACCUAUGCCAUUACUGUCGAGGGAGAAACAUACUCCACCACAUCGUCCUACGACGCAACCACAAAAGUCCUUACAUCCUUCUACCCUCACACGCGCCUCUCAACUACUCUAAUCUCCGACCCAGAAUCUAAUCAGCUCACUCUGUUUCAGCAAGGUCGACAGUAUCGUCUUCAUCUCGUCGAGCCGUCAUUCCUGAAAUCUGUCCUUGGCAAGAAGGGUCUCGCGAAUUCCGUCGUAGCACCCAUGCCGUGCAAAGUUCUCAGAGUUGAAGUCGAAGCUGGCCAAGAAGUCAAGAAGAACCAGGCCCUAGUCGUGAUAGAGAGUAUGAAGAUGGAGACUGUGAUCCGAAGUCCGCAGGAUGGGAAGGUUAGUAAAAUCGUGCAUAAAGCGGGAGAUAUGUGCAAGGCUGGGACUGCGCUGGUUGAGUUCGAGGGUAGCGAGGGCUGAAUGGGUAGUUUUGAGAGCAUUUAAUGCCCUUAAAGAAAUGGGCGAUGCACUGCUACUGGAAUUGGAACAGCUCGAGCAAAAAUCUCUAUCCGCAGCUGAAUUGGAGGCAAACGCCGCUCACUCCGAAGUAAGCGGCGUGUGACUCCACCAAGCCGCGGAUAUGCCGACCAUUCUGUUCAGCACCGCUUCCUGAAUUACCUCACGAGGCUGAGCGCUUAUGAGCAAGGCAUUUACUACAGACCCG